GCUCUGGCUUCCCGCGGCCGUCUCACCCGGCAUCCGAGACAUGGCGUGAGGGCGCCUUCCCUCGGAGGUGCCUUCUGCUCCCAGGCGCCGGGCGCGCGAGCGCGGAAGCGCAGGCCGGCCCGCCGCGGGCUUGGAGCAGCCGCCCAGUUGCGGGCGCAGCGGCCCUGCGCCAUGGGCCAGGUGGCCUGCGAGGCUUGCUGCGCGAGGCCCCCCGUGGACGAGGCCAGCCUGGAGGUGCGGCCUGUGGCGGGACCGCCGACAGAGCGGCCGGACGCCAAGCAGGUGCCGCCGCCGCCGGCGGUGCUGGCCGCGGCGGACGCCGCGGGGAACAAG